UCAAACUAGCUAGCUAGUAGUCCAUAUAUUCAUACAAGCGGCAGCAACCUAGCUACAGCCAGCAAGCAAGAGCUUCUGAAAGGAGAUAGAAGCCGAGGGAGAGAAAAAGAGAGGAGAGGAGCCAGCAGGCUUGCAAAAGUGAGAGAGUGAUAGGGUGAGAGUCAUCAUGCAGUUCGCCACAGGGGCGAUGAGCUCUCUCCUCCCCAAGCUGGGAGAGCUGCUCGUAGAGGAGUACAAGCUGAAGAAGAGUGUGAAGAAGGGGAUCGAAGAACUCAAGGCCGAGCUCGAGAGCAUGCAAGCAGCCCUCAUCAAGGUGUCCAGCGUGCCUCUGGAUCAACUUGACCCGCAGGUCAAGAUUUGGGCCAAUGAGGUCAGGGAGUUGUCCUACGCCAUCGAGGACAGCCUCGACUCAUUCGUGACCCGCGUCGAGCGUAAUGAGCCAACCAAGCCCAAAAUCAAGCACUUGCUCAAGAAGACCCGCAAUGAGUUCAGCAAGUUCAAGGCACGCCAUGAAAUAGCCAAUGACAUCAAAGACAUUCAGAGCCAAGUUAGAAAGAUCAAGGAACGGCGCGACAGUUACAAGAUAGACGAUGUUGAUGCAAAUCCUGCAGCAACUACAGUUGACCCUCGUCUCCCAGCUCUAUACAAAAAGUUGUCUGACCUGGUGGGUAUUGAUAAGCCAAUUAAUGAGCUGAUAAAGAUCCUGUCCGAGGGGGUUCCCAUGCCUGAUAAAAAUCCCAAGAUAGUCUCUAUUGUUGGAUUUGGAGGACUGGGAAAGACAACCCUUGCAAAAGCAUUGUAUGACAAGCUUAGCACAAAAUAUGAAUGUCAAGCUUUUGUUCCAGUGGGUCAGAAUCCAAACACGAAGAAAGUUCUCAGGGACAUCCUGCUUGAACUUGACACUGAGCUAUCCAGAGCCACAGAAACAAUGGCUGAAUGGCAGUUGAUCAACCAGCUGAAGAAAGUCCUUGCAGGCAAGAGGUACUUUAUUGUUAUUGAUGACAUAUGGAAAACACAAACAUGGGAUGUGAUUAAGUGUGCUUUCAUGGAUAGUCAUCAAGAAAGUAGAUUAAUCAUAACUACCCGUAUUGUUGACGUCGCCACAGAAGCUGGUGGUAUCUAUCACAUGCAACCACUUUCUGAUGAUUACUCCAAAAUGUUAUUUUAUACAAGAACAUCUGGUAGUGAAGGACCUGCUGAAGUGACUACCAAAAUUUUAAAGAAAUGUGGUGGUGUGCCAUUAGCUAUCACUACAAUAGCUAGCUUGCUUGUUGGUAAACACACUGAGGACUGGUCUAAGGUGUAUGAUGCCAUUGGUUUUGGGCAUGCAGACAAUGGAGAUGUUCAUAACACAAGAAAGAUAUUAUCUUUUAGCUAUUAUGAUCUGUCGUCCAAUCUUAAGACAUGUUUAUUGUAUCUUAGUGUGUUUCCUGAAGAUUAUUUAAUUGAUAAAAUAUCACUGAUAUGGAGGUGGGUUGCCGAAGGAUUUAUACCAUAUGGAGAAGGGAUGGAACCAUUUGAACUUGGAGAGAUCUAUUUCAACAAGCUUGUAAACAAGAGCAUGAUACGGUGGAUAGAUCCUGCAGAUAAUGGUGGCCGAGAUGGUUGCCGUGUCCAUGACAUGGUUCUCGAUCUCAUCCGCACCAUAUCAAAUGAUGUAAAUUUUGUUACAAUACAUGAUAUGGAGCAGCAUGGCACAUGUUCACGAGGAGAACGAACCAACUGGGUUCGCAGAUUAGCAGUUCAUGGAAGUGGGGAACACAACUCUGGCAUUGCAAUGGAGCAUGUAAGGUCAUAUAAUGUUGUAGACUGCCGUGCCAAUAGUAUGACCCUGCUUUUGAGCCUUAAAGUACUGCGUGUGCUAGUUAUUGAGGAUUGUGUUCUUUCGGAAGGUAGUAGUCUUGAGCAUCUUGGUAAGUUGGUGCAGCUGAGGUACCUGGGGCUAGUGAAGACAGCGGUCAAGAUCCCUGAAGGAAUAGGACAUGAUCUGAAGUUUCUUGAGAUAUUGGAUGUAAGGGGAGGUUUGAUAAGUGAGCUGCCGCCAUCUGUUGGUGAGCUAAUGAAUUUGAGGUGCUUGUGGGCUGAUGAAGGUACAAUGAUGAAGGGUGAGAUAGGGAAACUGACAUGCCUUGAAGAGCUGCAGCUAUAUUCGGUGGACAAGUGCCCAAACUUCUUCACAAUGGUGGGGAAGCUGACAGAGUUAAGGGUGCUUAACAUCUUUUUCGGUGAAAUGGAGGAGUCUGCAGGCAAGGCUCUGAUGGUAUCUCUGUGCAACCUUCACAAGAUCCAUAGUCUGAGGGUCUGGGAUGAUGGUGGUGAGGCUAAGUAUUCGGUUGUCGUCAAUCAUUGUUUGGAAGACUUGGCACCCUGUACAAAGCUGUACGAGUUAGGUCUGCCUAUCAUAGUUAUACCGAGGGUGCCAUCAUGGAUCAAUCAGUUAAGUGUUCCACUCCUUUCUCUUCUAUAUCUGCAUGUGGAUGCGGUAGAAGUUCGGGACGUUGAAACCAUCGGCAGGUUGCCGUCCCUCCUCGACCUUGUUCUCUGGAGUAAGGAUGAAAAGAACAUAUCAUAUACUUUUGGCGGCAAUGAGUUUCACAAGCUGAGAGUCCUGUACACGAAGAAGAUAGAGAUUGCUGUUGGAGAAGGAGCAUUGCCGAUGCUUGAAGAGCUGAGAUACAGUGCAAGCGCUGAAAGAAAGGACGCUGCCAGCUUGGUGCCGUGGAGGAGAAAUAGCUGCCCUUUGCUGGAGGACGUCAGGUGUUACCUUGACUGCACUAACAGCAGCUACAGGGAAGUAAAGGAAGCGAAGCAAGCGCUGAGGCAGGCUUCCGGCACCCGUCCCAAUGCUGUGUAUCUCGACCUCGACAUAGUAAAAGAGAACUGGGACAAGAAGGCUGGUAAACUCAUUGAUAAUCUCGAGUGGACCCUAGGUGGUUUGGACAGACCCGAGGAUGUGGGUCGUCCUGCUGCACACCAGGAAGAAAGGACACGUCGCAUGAUUAGAUCACUCGAGAGAAGGUUACGUGACGCCGCGGAGCCUCCUCGGGUGGGGAGGUACGGCGAACAAGAGAUACGAAGCCUUGUUACCAAAUUCAAGAGUUGGCUACAUGAUCAUGCACGCACCGACCAGGAUGAGGCGGGCAAGAGUGAUGACGAUGAAGAUUAUUAUUACGAUGACAACGAAGACGACGGUACCGACCAAGACGACGACGACGAUGACGAUGACGGUAGACGAUGGUGAAGCAGAGUCCACUUGUAAUUAAUCUCCAGGCAGCCAACCUUGAAUUUCUUCCUUCGGUCAUGCUGGAUGGUGGCCAUCUUGAAGGCUUCUAUGGACUUACUGUCGCCACUUGGAAGAUGUCAGCUUAUUUCGUCCAUGGGUGCGAAGAAAAUCACAAAAGAAAAUAGGUUUCUGCUUUAGCAUUAGACUGGGCUGUAAAAGAAAAAAUAGGUUUCUGCUAGCUUCUGGUACACAAGGAUUCGAAGGGUAUCGAAGACGCGAAGGAUAGCGAAGAUUUGGAAGAUACCAAAGGAUUAGUUUUUCUUUUUUUCGAUGGUAAUAAAUUCUAAGUUAAAAAAUUGUUAAUACUCCAAUAUUCCUCAAGUUUUCAAGCUCGUUUGUUGAGACAGAGUAUAAUAUACACUACUCUGGUACAGAAGGAGUACUAGAUAUGGAAUUUUGUGUUUGCAACUAAGAUUGUUUCUCUUUCUAAAACUAAUUAUGUACUGUAAAACUACAA